AUGGCGGCUCUUCGGACAGCCUCGCGCUCGGCGUGGAUCCCGCCACCCGUGCAGAGACUGCUGGAGCCGUACCUCCCGCCCCUAUCGGUCCGCUUCGGACGGCCCUCACGAGCGGCGCCGCUUCUCCCGCCUCGAGCCUCUGCUCUGCCUGUGGACAAGGAACCUGCUAAACCCAAGCGAAAGACAUACACGUUCCGCGGGGCGCGUAAGGAGGCGUCGAUGAGGCGGGAUCAUCUGCAGCUCACGAUCUCCGCCGUCAAGGCGAGACUGCGGGCGUCGACCUCUCCGGCGGACCCUGCUUCUGCAUAUCAGGCAGCUUUGGCUCUGCUGGAUGAUGAUCUGUGCACUUCGUCAUCUAGCGAUGUCGAGAAGCAUCAGGAGCGCCGGAUCAGCCUCUACACCGCGAUCAUUUACCACUUCCUCCAUCACCCCACCCCCACCAGUCUUGCAGCGGUGCAUCAACUCGUCAACCGCCAACACUCCGAAGGUCUUCCUAUCUCCGCACAGGUCCUCACUAUCUACCUCAAACAAGCCCUCUCCCUCCCUUCUUCCUCACCUAUGGAGACCGUCGCAUCCAUCUUCCCCUUCCUCCCCGAAACGUACGACAAGCACCUCCUUACGCUCAUCCUGAGCACGACUGUCAAGCACGCCCAAACGCCCGCGGACGAGGUCAAGGAUAUGAUCAAGGGGUGCAUGGAGCACAAGUACGGAGGUCAGGCGGUACCGAUGCAAGAGUGGGAUCUGGAAUUGUGGGAUGUGUAUAUGGGGGCUUUAUUGGCGGAUGGGCAGCUGAGGGCGGGGAUCAGGAGGCUGCCGGAGAUUCAGGCGGCGGUGUGGGCGCAGCAAGCUCAGACGGGAAAUGCGGGAGGAGGGCCGACUCCUGAGGCGAUCGUACGGCCGUACAUCUCGCUCUUGUCCCACUGGAUCGAAUCCAACUAUCCGGACGUAACCUCCCCUCGCCGUCAGCUGAACCCCACCCGCAUCAAAAAGCACUCUACCGUUCCACGCACAAUCGUCCUUCAUGCGGUCCAGACACUCCGAGGCGCGCCGGUACCGGUCGAGCUGCUCAACACGUGGAUGUCGGCUGAGCGAGUAGCGGGGAAGUAUGUGAGGGCGGAGCGGAUCUGGGAGACGAUAUCGGGAUUGCGGUGGGAUGGGGCGGCGCUAUCGUCCGAAGAGAAGGAGGGGAUGGCGGCUCGGAGGCAGGCAAUCGUUGGGGCGAUCACGCCGGAUCUUCGUGUCCCGCUAGAGACGUCCGUCCAGGUCGCUCCAGAUCUUCGGCCGGACGCGUCAAGCUAUACCGCUCUCUUCCGCCUUCUCAAGCGGACUUCUAGGUCUCCCACGCGGCUACUCUUACGCUCCUUCCUAUCGGAUCCGGCCAACAUGGAUGAACAAUCCCUCAAUGCGGCUUUAUCUGAGGUGUUUGUCAUUUCGCAUCAACCGCCCGGACACAUGCCUGGUCCCACCGUCCUGGACCUCCCGGCGGCACUGGUUCUGCUGCAGCAGUUCUCCCCGCUCCAUAAGUGCAGCUCGGGCGACCGGGCGCUUGGGGUCGUACCGACCGGUCGGACGCUCGACAUCGUCGCUGCUGGCCUCGUCAGGGCUUCUGUGCGAGGUCUGCGGAUCUUUGGCGAGGUCAUACCGCGGCUCACCGCCCCCAUAUCAGUCUCUCUCUCAAUCCCGGAAUCUUGCGGUUCGGAUCUCACGAACACUAGCGACCGGCAGUACCGCCUCAGUCUGCAAGACUGGGACAGGGUCUCCCAGGAGCUACAUUUGCUCCGGGACGAUCGAGCUGCGCAUAGCCAGGCAGUUAUGCUUCCCGUCGGGCGUCCUUUUGCUCGGCUCGUCAACGACAAUUCGCCCAGGCGCCAGCUCGAACAGGCGGUCACGGACGGCGCGGACAUUACUCGUCAUUUUGGGCCAGCUGGCGCAGCCGACCGGUCCGGAGAGGCUGCCCUGCUUCUUCCAGCGCUGCAGCGACUGAUGCGGCGGGCGAUAGCUGCGCAGUUGAAAAUCAAAGACAAAAGGGAGGCAUCGGAGGAUGAGGUGGAAGCGGUCAUCCAGCAGGCGAGGGAGGCAAUGGGACUGGGCGGGAUGACGGCUGUUGCUCUGGACGUCUUGGGAUCCGGCGCUCGAUCAUCACGAUCGAGGUAG